AUGGUUCAGAUGGUGACUAAAAUGCCAGUUGUUACAGAAGUGAGACCCUCCCACAACGACCAGUUCUGCAGUACAUGGGGAAACUACCAUUUUAAGACUUUCGAUGGAGAUUUCUUCCAGCUUCCUUACACUUGCAACUACAUCCUCACAUCCCAGUGUAAGGACAGCUAUGAGAACUUCAAUAUUCAGCUCCAGCGACAGGAGAUAAACGGGGUCAUCACCAUUAAGAAGCUCACAAUGAAACUCAAUGUUGUUGUGGAGUUGGCCAACACUUCCAUUAUAGUCAAUGAUAAACCUGUCUCUAUACCAUUCAGUCGGGCCGGCAUUUCAAUCAGAAAAUCUGUCUCAUAUGUCAAAAUCAAGGCAAAGCUGGGUUUGGUCGUCAUGUGGAAUCAAAAGGAUGCCCUCUGGGUGGAGCUGGAUGCAAAAUUUAAGAAUCAGACAUGUGGCCUGUGUGGUGACUUCAACGGAGUCCAGCUUUAUGAUGAGUUCAUUAAAAGAGAUACAGGGGAUUCUGUUACUGCUGAAGAUUAUGGGGAGGACUGGAAAACUCAAUGGUCCCACUGA